AUGGGGAAUAAGUUGACAGGAGAUCGGGGCGCCACCUGGGUCUCAGUACAUCGGGACUCCACAAUGCAGGACAGCAGUAAAUCCGCCUUCAUCUCCACCGGAAAAGGGGAAAAUGUUUUGAUCGGAAGUAAAGCUGCCACUCUCUACCUCAGUUCUAGUUCACUAAAGCUUCACGACAAAAGAUGCAGCAGUAGGGAGUCUGUAGUAGCCGGAUCUCCCAUCGGAACCGGAAGUAAGCCCCAGUCUCCUGCCCAGUCUGAAUUAAAUGCUGACGUCAAAAAACCCGGAACUGCACCCGGAAGAAGCACUGCAUACUCCCGGCGAUCUCAGGAUGACGAGAGUGUCUCGACGGAAUUCUCCAAGCUUCAGCCAAUCAGAGAGUUUACCUUUACCGGAUAUGACAUCAUGGCUGAUGUUGAGCCGGAACCAAAGGUAGAGGAAGUAGACGUGAAGCCAAAGGGGCGCCUACAGGCUUACCUGGACUCGUGUAAUCUACUGGGGAUCACCCCCGUCACCUACCUCAGCAAACAGAUGUCAAACAAGGGCCUGGUGAUGAGGAGUCACAGUAUAGGACCCUUGGGGGCGCGGGCGCUCGCCAUAGCUUUACUCAAUAAUGACGUCAUAACCAGCCUCGAUUUAGAGGAUGACGGAAUCGAGGCUGAUGGAGCUAAAGCUAUAGCAGAAAUGUUAGAAGUUAAUAGUAACAUCGUAGACGUGAAUAUCUCGGAGAACUGUAUAGGAACAAACGGGGCACGUGCAAUAUCUAAAUUGAUGAAAACUAAUCAGUUUAUCCAGUCCCUGGAUAUAUCAGGAAGUAAUCUAGUCGAUAGUGAUGCAUAUCUGAUAGCUGAUAUCUUACAGAAUAAUACAACACUUAGAGAACUGAUAUUAAGUCACAAUGGAUUCUGUGAGCAAGGGGGAUACAUCCUAGCACAAGCAAUAGCCAAUAAUGAUACUGUAAGAAUCCUCGAUUUAAGUUGGAAUCACUUGAGGGGUAAGGGGUCCCUCGCCAUCACUGCUAGUCUACAGAAAAAUAUAGGUCUCAGAAAGCUCGAUCUAGCGUGGAAUGGUUUUGCUAAGAACGACGCCAUAGUGCUGUGUAAAUCGCUGAAGGAAAACACGACACUAAAGGAACUGGACAUCUCACACAACAGACUAGACAAGGAGGGGAUAGGGUACCUCAUGCAAGGGGUCAAAGACAGUGACGGCCUGGAAAUCCUCAGGAUGGGAGGAAACUCUAUCACGCCAGAACUUGCCAUUAUCAUUUUGUCCUGCAUUGCUCAGUCAGAUUCCUGCAGGAUCAGUCUGCUAGACCUCGGGAGCAGCGAAGUGGACGAAGAUUUCCUGUCCCAGCUGGAUGACCUUCAGUCAACCAGGUCAUUAAAUGUGGUUCACGGACAAGUGAUCAAGCGUGAAAACGCACGUGGAAGGAAAGGGGACGGUAUAGACGGAAAUUUGGACGCGGUGUAUGAGUUGUAUAAGUACAUGCACGAGCACAAUUACCGUGUGAUAGAUCUGAUGAAGUGGCUGGACAAGGACGGAGAUAUGAGCGUCAGCAGGGAGGAGUUCAAACGCGGGAUGAUGGUGGCGGAGGUUCCCUUGACUGAACACCAGCUGGAUGAAAUGUUGGACAAACUGGACAUGGAUGGAGAUGGCGAGGUCGACUUCUCAGAGUUGUUAAUUGGAGAGCGAGAUUUUAGAAGACGAAUGAGAAGGAAACAGGAGAGAGAGAAGGCAGCACGAAAAGAGAAAAAGAAGCUACAGGGAAUAGACAAAAUUAUUCUCACAUCAAUGUCGGAAAAAACGUAGCAGGCCAUGGACAUAAACAUGACGUCAUUUGUAUCUGUACCUCAUUAACUUAUUGCUCA